AUGAUGCCAAUCGAUCGGUGCUUGGCUUCCAUGGCCAGGCUAAGCAUGUCGCAAGCUUCCCGACCAUCAGCCAACUCCAUACCACGCUUUCUUGCCGCAGCAGUCUCACAACAGACUCGUCUGGCCUCGGUCGUGCGAAUAAAAAAGGUGAACAAGAAGCGGGCACUCCCCAAGGACUUCAAGCGCCACAAUCUCGACAAGCGGCAAUUCCCGCGGUUCUCCUUGUGCGAAGCCAUGCGCGUUCUCCGGGCUGUCGAGGUUGGCCAACCUCCCGCGUCCGUCAAAUAUGAAGUUCACAUCAACCUCAAGACGGCGAGAAACGGCCCGGUCGUGAAGAACAGCAUUCGGCUCCCUCACCCCGUCCAGAGCGAUUGGCAGAUUGCCGUUAUCUGCCCCGAAGGUAGCGACAUUGCCGCAGCUGCAACAGCGGCUGGAGCCGUCGCGGCCGGGGAAGAGAGCCUCUUCGAAGCCAUUCGCCACGAAAAGAUUGAGUUUGACCGCUUGAUAUGCCACGAAUCAAGCGAAAAAGCCCUUAAUAAAGCUGGCUUGGGCAGGAUCCUGGGUCCCAAGGGGUUGAUGCCCAGCAAAAGAAUGAAGACCAUCGUCAGCGACGUGAACAAGUCGAUUCGCGAUUCGGCCGGCGCCGCGGAUUUCAGAGAACGACAAGGUGUUAUCCGCAUGGCUAUUGGCCAGCUGGGAUAUACCCCUGAUCAGCUCAAGUCGAAUAUCCAGGCUUUGCUCAAGAAGAUCAAGGCGGACUGUGCUGAGAUUUCCGAGGAUGUUCCCAAGGAGGUCCAUGAGGUCAUCCUGAGCACCACCAACGGCCCAGCGUUGAGUCUGAGUGGGAAAUUCAACCAUGCCGAGGAUGACGUCCAACCAGAGGCCCUGGCUGGCGUCAUGUAG